UUCCGAAAUACAAAAUGUCUGCGCCCUUGGCACGUUGGACUUUGGUCACAGAUAUGAAGUUUACCUGUAUGCGUACUAUAUAACGACUCUACUGUCGUCGAUCAGUGACAACAGAUGUUCCGUUUAGCCAAGAUGAGCGUUGAUCGCUCAGUUCGCCGGUUAAAGGUGCUCCAGGCGAUUCUUCAGGAUGGCUAUCUACACAGCAAAGACAGCAUACUUGCCAUUCGCUGGUGUUCAGGGAGUGGCACUAAGGAGGGUGUGGUCAGUAUUGGGGACAUCAGCCUACCGCUGAGGAAUGGGCGCGCUCCUGAACUGAUCCCUGUCAAAUAUUUAUCAGAGAACACACCUCAGUCCGUUCUUAGACACCUUCGAUGGAUCAUGCAGAAAGAUGCCAUUGGUCAGGAUGUCUUCCUUAUUGGUCCUCCUGGUCCCUUGCGUCGACAGAUUGCUAUGAUGUAUUUGGAGCUGACCAAACGUGAGGGUGAAUACGUGUCGCUGUCUAGGGAUACGACCGAGAGUGACCUCAAGCAGAGACGCGAGAUCCGGUCAGGAACGGCCUUCUAUCUGGACCAGUGUGCAGUGCGAGCCGCUUUGGAGGGCCGGAUUCUCGUAUUAGAAGGUAUCGAAAAGGCAGAGCGUAACGUUUUGCCUAUCCUCAACAAUUUGUUAGAGAAUCGUGAAAUGCAGUUAGACGACGGGCGCUUCCUAAUGGCGGCUGACCGUUAUGACAAACUCUUAUCCGACCAUACUCAGGAGGAGCUUGAUCAGUUGAAACUUGUACGUGUUAGUGAGAAUUUCCGUGUGCUUGCUUUGGGGCAUCCUGUUCCCAGAUAUCAAGGUAACCCUUUGGAUCCGCCGUUGAGGUCAAGGUUCCAGUCACGAGACAUAAGCUCUCCACCUUUCAAUGAACAGCUCGAUGCAUUACAAGUAGACACGAAAAACGUGCCGUCUCAGCGGUUAUCGCAAGUGUUAUCCUUCGCUACAGCGAUUUUAACAAAGGAAUCGUCGUCACUAGGUUUACCUGAUUUCCCCAUAUCCAAUUUAGUCAACAUCGUACGGAUGAUGGAUUCUGUACCUCUCAUGUCCUCCCAAAUAUUACUGCAGAUGCUUUACCCCUACAACACCAUGCUUGGUAAGGAUGGAAGGCUUGCUGUGGAAAGAAUUCUACAAAAGUUUGAAUUGAUGGAUGGUAAAAAGCAAAAACAUCUAAAGAUUACUUCAAUAAAACCGAGGGAUGAUGGUUCCACUCAGGUCGUGCUUAAUGAACGGUUUCCUCUCUCGGUCAACAAUGGGUUAUUCCCACAAGAUAAUAAAGUUGGAGGGCGUAACUUCGUAAUGACAAAGUACCACGAGUCUCUCCUAUCUGAGCUCAUGUUGAGUCACAUGUGUAAAGACUUGUGUAUCGUCGGUCCUAAGGGCAGUGGGAAAAGUGCACUAGUUGGAGAACUCGCAGUGUUACUAGGUUAUCACAUCGAACCCAUCAUGCUCUAUCAGGACAUGACGUCACGCGACCUUCUGCAGCAGCGAAUCACGCUGCCCAACGGCGACACGUCAUGGCGUCUAUCACCCCUUGUCACAGCGGCUAUGGAGGGCAGUCUAGCGGUCCUUGACGGUGUUCACAGAAUAAAUCAGGGAUCAUUCUCCAUCCUUCACCGGCUCAUUCAUGACCGUGAACUUCAGCUGUUUGACGGAUCGCGUCUUCUUAGACACGACCGAUUUCAAAAGAUGAAAGCAGAACAGGCUUUAACUGAUGAGCAAAUGAGAGAAAAGGGGAUACUGGCCAUUCAUCCAUCGUUCCGAAUGAUUGCUUUGUCAGAGCCACCCGUUGUUGGAAGUACUAAGCAGCAGUGGAUGACCCCGGAACUACUUACAAUGUUCCUGUUCCAUAACCUCCGACCGUUGUCUCAGACUGAGGAGCUUGAAGUUAUCCACAAGGUGGUCAAGAAUUGCCCUGACAUGAAUGGCCUCGUCAGCUUUGUCCACAAACUGCGGUCGUCCACAGACCCUGCGAUGACCUCUAUUGCAUCAUCAUUAUCAACCAGACAACUGAUUCGCGUAGCCAACAGAAUCGCACAAUUCCCAUCCAAAGAUGUCUUCGGGGUCAUCGAGAAAGCAUGUCUGGCUAGGUUUUUGCCCCAGCUGCCUAAGGCUGGUCUUCACCAAUCUAUGGAGACUGCAGGUAUAAAACCUAUGAACAGCUCUAAAGCAGACGCACUGGCACUUGACUGGUCCAUCACGAGCGAGGUAGAUAACGGAACGUUACGUAUAGGACAUACAACAGUUCCCUUGUUUAAUCCUGACAACAAGACAAAAGUUCCUGAUGUGCUGUUCUACGAUAAUCCCCAGCAUCUUAGUGUUAUGGAGGACAUGUUAAAAGACUUUUCACUGGGCGAGAAUUUGUUGUUAGUUGGGAAUCAGGGUGUGGGGAAAAAUAAGAUAGUGGACCGAUUUCUAUAUUUGCUCAACCGUCCCCGUGAGUAUAUACAACUGCAUCGAGACACAACCGUCCAGACCCUGACUCUUCAACCCACCGUCAAGGAUGGCGUCAUCGUAUACGAGGACUCGCCUCUCGUCUCUGCCGUGAAGCAGGGCAACGUCCUGGUGGUGGAUGAGGCAGAUAAGGCGCCAACACAUGUAACAUGUAUACUGAAAACAUUAGUUGAGUCGAAGGAAAUGCAUCUAGCCGACGGUAGACGGAUAGUGGCACCGCAUUCGAACAUACCUCCUUCUAAUAAUAUAAUCAAAUGUCACCCCAACUUCAGGAUGAUUGUUCUUGCAAAUAGACCAGGAUUUCCAUUUUUAGGAAAUGAUUUCUUCGGAUCAAUGGGUGACAUCUUUAGUUGUCAUGCAAUAGACAACCCAGAUAUGGAAUCCGAAUUAGCAAUGCUGAGACAGUACGGCCCAGACGUACCGGAAACAACACUGAAAAAAUUGGUGCAGGCCUUUGGGGAACUACGAAGCAUGGCAGAUCAAGGAUUAAUAGCGUAUCCAUACUCUACACGUGAGGUUGUCAACAUUGUCAAACACAUACAAAAAUACCCCGAGGAGGGACUCACAACAGUCGUCCGCAACGUCUUCGACUUCGAUUCGUACAGUAACGAGCUCAAAGACACAAUAGUACAGACCAUGCAUAAACAUGGAAUUCCGUUUGGGGCAACAGAAGCUGUGGUAAAUCUUGCCAAGCAAAAGGAGCUUCAGAUCACCUACGACCGAGAGAGCGGUCGCAAGGCGGAUGGUCCAAAACACGGAAAGAUUGAUAAAAGCAACACCCCACAUGUAGGCGGUAAUCAGUGGGCGGGCGGCACUGGCGGCAGCAAUACUGCAGGCUUAGGCGGUUUUGGAGGACCUUACCGACUUGACGCUGGCCACCACGUGUACCAAGUACCGCAAGCGGAGAAAGACGCCGUGCCGGAAGAAGUCCGCCAGGCAGCGCGCGAGAUUGCUCAGAAAGCGUUCAAGGACAGACUCCGCGAAAUUAACAUGAGCGAGUAUGAUGCAGAAACGUACAACAAUUUCCUUGACCACGUGCGCGGCCAAAUCCAGUCCCUACGGGUAAUUUUGGACAGUCUUCAGGCUAAGGGCAAGGAACGGCAGUGGCUAAAAAAUCAAGCAUACGGCGACUUGGACGACGCUAAGCUUAUCGAGGGCAUUACAGGGGAGAAAUCUAUCUACAAGCGUCGUGGAGAAAAAGACCCCGAGCUAGGAACACCACAAGAGAAACCGAAGCGCAUGCGUCUGGUUGUUGACUUGUCCGGCAGUAUGUAUCGCUUCAACGGCUAUGAUGGCCGCCUGGAACGCGAGAUGGAGGCCGCGCUCAUGAUGAUGGAAGCCCUGGAUGGAUAUGACGAGAAAAUUAAAUACGAUAUUCUCGGACAUUCUGGAGAGGACCACAAGGUCCAGUUAGUGAAAUCGGAUAAGGCCCCAGCGAAUAACAAGGACCGUUUAGUGGUUCUAAAGACGAUGCAUGCACACUCUCAGUUUUGUCUAAGUGGCGACAACACCCUAGAAGCGACGCGUCACGCAAUCAAUGAUCUUGGCGAGGAGGAAGCUGAUGAGCACUUUGUUAUCAUUUUAAGUGAUGCAAAUUUUGAUCGGUACAAUAUUUCACCUAAAAAGUUCGGAGAGAUACUCCGGUCUAACGAUAAGGUGAACGCCUACACGAUAUUUAUAGGUUCCCUGGAUGACCAGGCGGCCCAGUUGAUUAAACACCUCCCGUCGGGACACGCCUUUAUUUGUUUGGACACCAAAGAUCUACCACAGAUCUUACAGCAGAUCUUCACUUCUACCAUGCUCUCCUCUAGUUAGGCUCGCGUGUCUACCUACUUAACAGACAAAUGUUGAAAAUAAAAUACAGGGAACAUUUUAAAUUGUAUCAAUGUACGUUUUAACAUUAACAUUGAUUUAUAUCUUUAAACAUUAGCGUUCAUGAUUCAUGUCGUAAGGGAUUUAUCAUGAAACUGGGGAUGUUUAGAUGUUGAUAGAUUCAUGCUUUCGUUGUCUAAGUAAAGGCUUGUAGUAUUUUGUAGAUAAUUAAAAAUUAAGACUUUUGUCUUAAGACGGCUGUUGUUAUGACAAAAUCACCAAAUCUCUGAUCUAACCGAUGCAUAUGUCGGUGUUGGUUACAUAUCGUGUAUAUUAUAACACUGCUGUUUAUUUCCAAGCGAGAAAACUUGUAAAUAUGUCGUUUCAACAAUGACAAUUAGACGUUCUCAACAUCCAAAUAUAUAAGAAUGUGUGCUCUAGUAAGUAAGGUAAAUAUGUUUAAAGAAUUACUCCAAAGACAUACUUCAAUGGAAAUGAAUAUACAGGACCAUUAAUCACAAGAGUAAUGUAUCAAUAAACUCUAGUAUAUAAUGUAUUUAAUUAGUCAGUGAGACAUUAGUUGUACAAUUCCCAAAGCAACCGGCUCCAUUUUUAGACAACGCAAUGACUGCUUGGCGACGACAUCAAUCAUACUAAUUACGAAAUACACGAACACAUUAUGUAUCAUAUGAUUUCUGUAAUGUCCUCUUUCAGGCCACAGAACCAUUGAACCAUGGAAUGUAUCAAAUGAAAUUCCCGGUUAUUCAUUUCUGAUUUUCCUUUAAAAUAAAGUUAAACCAUUUUGAAUGUGAAUUGUGUGUCGUUUAUAUACGAUUGACUUGAUAGUAUGUAGUUGAACAUUGCACAGACUAUGUUAUCGAUAUUAAUGUUUUUCUGCGUUUUUCUCUUUUCUUUUUUGGAUGUGCUUUUAACAAUAUUAACAGUGAUGCUUCCUUCCAAAGCAAAGUUUCAAGAACUGUUAAAUAUAAUAAUUUGUUUCACGAAGGCUAGAAUCAAAAUGACAUGAAAAAGUAUAGCGAACAUGUGACCUCUUUAAUGUUUAUGUUAGAAAAUAAAGGUGUUAUUAAGCUUAUAGUAUGCACUUGAGAUCAGGAUAGUAUGACGUGGAACUUAGAACUUGUACAAUAUCAUAAGAAACUUGUUACCUGUGGCCAUUCUCACACGUUGAUCCAAUGGAUGUGAUGGGGAGGGAGGUAACAAGUACUCCUACCACAAGGAUUUGACCACAAGGAUUUGACCACAGGAGGUUGUACUAUUUAACUGAUCUGAUAAAACGGGUCUAUGACGUGUUGUGGCACAUUCUAUUUAUUAUCUAUUGUAUGUACAUCUAGAUGAUGACGUGACUGUUACUGUAUCUUGUGAUACCGGUGUACAAAGGAACAUUGUUUAUCUUAUGUAUAUUGGUUUGUAGAUGGUUCGGUAGAACGCAUUUGUGUUAAUGUGUGUAUUUGUAUUGCAUAUAAUGAUGGAAGAGGUUAGGGCUAGGGUUAACAGCCUGAUUAUUUCAAUGACUCGUUGAUUACUUUCUCAAAAUUCAGGUUCAAACUGAAUCUAUUAUCAAAGUCGAUGUGGCCAUUAUAUACUUCAUGGACGAACGCUGUAUAUACAAAUUGUAAUAUACAAACCAGAUGACCCAAAGUUUUCAUCAUAUCGACUUCUAAAUAAUUGCUGCAUGCAAUACGUUUGUGUCGAAUUCGAGAAAACAAACUAUUUGGGCAAAUGUCACUGUUAACAGUAUGUGGUUUUUGUUGUAUUUUUUUUUUCUGGAAUUGCAGGUAUCAAAUGAUUAAUUAUCUCUGUGCCCGGAAUCACAAAACGUAUUACAUGUAGCAUAGAAAACAUCCUCAAAGUCAUAUCUGUUUUAAGGGCUAUAUUUUAUCAAACGUUAAGUGAAAUGAUUAAUUUUAUUUCUGAUAUUUGAAACAGCUAAUAAAUUGCUUAAUAUCCAACAAUUUCCAGGAAGUCUGACAUUUUGGUAUAUUAAAGUAAGAACAAUAUUAUUAAGGCUUUGAAGCAGACAAAAAUAUAUCAGAAAUAUUUCAAAAUACAAAACCGACAGAAAUGAGACGCUGCAGGCACCAGGGACGCAGCUGUUAGAAGGUACGCAUUUGUCACUCUUUAUUUCGUCUGUGAUAGGUUAUCGUUCAUUUGAUGUCACGCACGGUACUUGUACGCGUAAGACGUUUGUUUACGUUAUUAUUGUAACACCCGCUGAUGUGUUAAAUUCGAAUUAUCUACACGUCUUUCUUGUAAUAUUUGCCGCGUACGUCAAUGUUUUGUCCGACUUGUAAUGUCUCCAGGCUUGUCUGGCCUGACACAUACCCAAAUUCUCAUUUGUAGUGUUUCCUUAUACGCUCUAUGAUGUACGAUAAGUGUAUAAGCUUGCAUUUAUAUCUAACUUUGUCUACAUAGAGAUAAUUUAAACAUUCUUCUAAGUCCGAUCAUGUGCUCGUUUUUGAGUGCUGGACAUUUCCUUUUGUUGAUUUUUGUGAAUAUAUUUAAACAGAAACAAAAUCAGUUGUUGAACACUGUAUGUAUGCAUCAUAAAUGAUAUUCACUUGAUCUGUUUUUUGUGAAAACAUUUCGACCGCGAAGAUAAGGGCCAUGCUAUAGAAUCUUCUUCCUAUAGAACGUCUGCCUGUAAACAUGUAAAGGUGGAAGUUUAGACGAUUUGAAAAUGUACGCGUUUGUUUUGUCGUUGAGACAAUUAGCGCAAAACUAUUCAUAGAUUGUGGAUAUAUAGGAUAUAAAGGAUAUAUAUAAAACUCAGAUUAUUAUCAACGCAAAACAAUCCACGCAGCGAUCAGUUUGAAAAGUUUGGAGCACGUGCAUUUCCAAACGGUAUACGUCCCACUUUUACAUUAUACUACUAAACACAAUAAAUUCGAGUUAAGUCUGGUAUAUACCGAAUUCAUUAACUGCUGCGUUCAGAGUGAAAUUGUACCUCCUUAUUUAUGACAUUGAACAAUAAAUUCAUAUCAACAUGUUGUAGUCGUUCUUUCCUUUUUUUCCUUUUUUUUUACAAAUUACAUCCAAAAUAGUGAACACUAUAUAUCUGUAUCAAGAUCAAAUGAUAGGGUUACAAAAAUAAGUUACGAUGAGAAAGGUUACAAAAAAGACAUGACUGGGGUGGGGCACACUAAUAAAAAAGAUAACACAUCAUAGGGUAGCUCCCACGAUCACACGGAGGCGAGAUCAGGUAUUCCAGAAACAUAUCCGGUUCCCGUACCACCUGCGGGCCUCCUUUUGAUGUCUUGCGUCCAAACCAGGCACGUUUAUAUGUCGUUAGCAAAACAAGAAACGGUGAACUUUUAGAAUUGUA